AUGAAAAAUAAAGCCAAUAUUGAUCGUUCAAUACCACCUAUUGUUAUACAACAAUUUAUGGCACAUGUUAAUGAUGAAACAAUGAGCAAUAUAAAACCAUUAGAUAAGAUUUAUUUAUAUAUUCCAUUGUUCAAAAGAAUUGUAUUAAAAAUAUUACCAACAUUAACAACAAUUGAUCCGAUUAUUGCUAAAGGUUCAUAUAUACCAGAAGAAUUAUUAUUAACAAAACUUGUUUCAUCAACAUCAAUUGAAUAUUCAUGGCAACCACCAUUAAUAGGUUAUUUUACUCAAAUAUAUAAUAUAUCAAGAUGA